AUGCCGGGACGAGUCGCCAGCGGUCGCACUGCUCGCCGGACGACAUGGGCGAAAAGCUUGCGAUCUGCCCGCAACACUUCGCCAGUGCCCGCAGUCCCAGACGAGGGCGAAGACACAACACUGAGACACGCGAUAUGUGGCGUGUUUGCAGACGCGCAGAAGGCGACGGCGGGACACCGGAAGGCGAUCAUCACGUUACGGAGGAUGCAGGAAGCGUGUUGCUAUGAGCCGACGAGCACCAAGAAGCGCAAACAGAGUGACGAGUUGGAAGAGGAGCACUUCAACCGCGAGGUCGUGCGCAUCGUGUUGCGCAUCUUGCCCGUGAGGAAGGCUGAGCCUGUUGGUGACCGAGCUGUACGAUUCUUGGCCGCCUUUCUCAAUGUCGCAAGCGGGAAGGAUAACGAGAUCUACGAGGCGAGCGGCGAGGUCGAGGAGGACACCCUGCCCGAGACGCCGACGAGCAGGCUCACCACACAGAUCUUGAGCGAGCUGUUGCGCGUCAUCCAGGCCAAGGACAAGACGAUCCGAUUCCGCGCCACACAGAUCAUGAGCCACGUCAUCAACAGUCUGGACACCUUGGACGACAGUCUGUUUCACAAAUUGCGGUUUGCGCUGUUGAGGAGGAUACACGACAAAGAGGCGCCAGUGCGAUUGCAGGCCGUGUGUGGCUUGGGACGGUUGGCAGCGGAGGUCGAAGAUGACGAAGAGCAAGACUCCGACUCGGACGACGAUGUUCGAGGAGGUGUUCUGAACAAACUGCUGCAGGUUCUGCAAAACGACCCAUCUGCAGAAGUCCGGAGGAAUCUGCUCUUGAACCUCCCUCUCACGAAGGAACUUCUCCCAUAUCUGCUUGAACGCGCACGAGAUGCAGAUGCCACAACACGACGAGCACUAUACGGACGCCUGCUGCCAGCACUCGGCGACUUCCGACAUCUAAGCAUGACACAUCGUGAGAAGCUGCUAAGAUGGGGUCUGCGAGAUCGCGAUGAGAACGUGCGAAAGGCGACCGCUCAACUGUUCUCACAACGAUGGAUCGAAGACUGUGCUGCUUUGCCCGCUGCUCAGGUAGAGGAAGGGGCAGAGGCAGACAAGCAGAAGGAGGCAGUGCCUUCUCUAGAUGCACUUCUCGAACUGCUUGAGCGCAUCGACCUCGUGAAUAGUGGUCGCGAGGGCGGCAUAGCACUCAUUGCCAUGCACGAGUUCUGGAGUGGUAGACCGGACUAUCUCGACUACGUCUCGUUCCCAGACGCCUUUUGGGAAGAUCUCUCGCCAGAACUCGCCUUCGUCGCACGCACUUUCACCCACUUUUGCCGUUCAGCUACGAAGGAGGACUACAGCCGACCCAAGUCGCUUGAGGUGUUAGUCGACGAGAAGCUGCCUGAGGUGACCAAAUUUGGUUUCUUGCUCCAGCGCGAGAUUCAGAGGCUAAUUGAGGCUACGAUGCUGUCCCAUGAAGCCGGCGAAGAUGAUCCGGAUGCACGACAAGAUGUCGACUACCGCGAGUUUGUCGUCGAGCAAAUGCUUCACAUGGCUCGCACAUUCGACUACAGCGAUGAGGUUGGUCGGCAGAAGAUGUUCGACCUGACGAGACGCGCGCUUGGUCAGCCAGAUCUGCCUGAAGAGGUCACAAGACUGCUCGUGGAAGUGCUGCGUCUCGUCUGUGGCGAGAAUGCAAAGGGCGAGCGAGAAUUUUGUGGCGUUGUGCUUGAGGCCAUCGCAGAAGUCCAUGAUACUAUCAUGGGUGAUGACGAGGCCGAGGACGACAGCAGCACAGUCGACAGCUUCCACUCCGCCACCGAGCAAUUCGAUGGCCAAGUUGAUCAUGAUACAAUCGUGGUCGCGCAGAAGAAGUUCAAGAAGAAGGCGCAAAAGCCUGGCGAUACCGACCCCGAGGCUGCCGCUGAGAAGGCCAUCAAGGAGAUUAUGGUCAACAUGAAGUGUCUACACAUUGCAUUGUGCAUGCUCCAGAACGUGCAAUGCGACUUGGAGGAGAAUGUUCAUCUAGUCACGAUGCUGAACAACUUGGUCGUGCCAGCCGUCAGGAGCCAGGAAGCGCCCAUAAGAGAGCGUGGUCUGUUGUGCCUCGGGUUGUGCUGCCUGCUUGGGAAGAAUCUGGCGCAGGAGAACCUAACACUCUUCCUACACUGCUUCGCGAAAGGACAUCCCGAGCUGCAAGCAAUUGCCCUGCAGAUCAUCACCGAUAUCCUCAUCACUCACCCAACACUGCUCUCCGAUGGUGCCUCUGCCGAUGGCGAUAGUUCAGAACCGCAGAAUGAGUACCUGCGACCACUGAUCAAGGCGUUCAAGAGCUCCCUGAAGUCAGAUCAUCCAGAAGUCCAAGCGACGGGCGCAACAGCGCUAGCAAAGGCCAUGCUUUCGCGACUGAUCACUGACACUGACCUGCUCAAGGCUCUUGUCGUCGCAUACUUCGACCCCGAUAUUCAGAGCAAUCCUCAACUCAGACAGACAUUGACUUACUUCCUGCCUGUGUACUGCCACUCUCGUGCAGAGAACGCUUUGCGCAUGGUAGAAGUGGUUGUCCCUGUGAUGCAGAGACUUGGUCAGCUGAAAGAUCUGGAGGAGGCAGACGUCGAGGAAGAGACCACCGGCGAGGCGAUGGUGAAGAUGGCUAAAAUUGGCGAAAUGCUGCUCGACUGGACAGACCCACGCCGUGUCUUUGGAUUCGCCGAGGCCACUGACUCUGUCGAGAAGGCGCACGGUGCCAACGAGAUCCACUUCGUGCUCGCUGAGAACAUCUUAGACCGUCUCGUUACCGCUGGAAAGAUCGCGAAGGACGAGAAGAAAGUCUUCUUCAGCAUGUUGAACAAGCUACAUCUGCCUCCGACCGGCGCCGAUGCCGAGAGGGUCAAGAGCAUUCUCGAGCUCGCUGCUGAGGCUGUCGAGACAAAGGUCGCGCCUACAGCCACGGACAAGAACGUCCUCACCAAGCUUCAGAACAACCUCAUCAAAAUGAUGCACGAUGUCAUGACAGACGAGCGUGGCGGAGGUGGGGCUGAGGAGACUGUCCUCGACACUACGGAGGCCGCGGAUGUCGACGAUGAGAGUGUUGUGGAAGGUGAUGGCAAUACUACUGUUCAUGUGCGGCCUGGUGCCGCUGAUGAGGACGAUAUUGAUGAGAGUAUCAGCCAGCUUCAAGCAGAGUUGAAGGAUGCUACGCUGGGUGCUACGACUACGGGGUUCGUGCCAGAUGCUGAGGGUACGAGGAUUGGGUUGGGAGAUGGUGGGGAUACGGAGAUGAUGGAUGCUGACGACUAG